ACGUUGAAAAACAACUCAAAGCAAAAAUUCUUGCUAUGCUUUCCCCAAUACAAAUAUUCCCUGUGGCUGUGUUAGACAUUAAGUCAUUAACUUAGCUCCAAAGUCCAAAUAUCAUUCUCUCUCUCUUUUUCUUCCCCACGCGUGCUUGUACGCAUGCACUAAAAUGUUUAGACUUAGCUGUGGUGGUCACCAUGAUUGAGCAUAUUUAAGCCAAACCGUAGAGAGAGAUAUAGAGAGAGUGUGUGUGUGUGUGUGUGCAUGCAGGUAAAAAUUAUUGCAUAAUGGACAAUAUGUGGGUUUUGUUAGUGACAACAAUUUUCUUGUCUACCAUAAUUCUCUACAAAAACAGGUUUAGACUCAGAUCAAAACACAGAAGUCCGCUUCCUUUAGGCACUCUUGGAUUGCCUUUUAUUGGGGAAACCAUUGAGUUUGUAUCUUGUGCUUACUCUGACCGUCCUGAGAGCUUCAUGGACAAACGUCGCAGCAUGUAUGGCAAGGUGUUCAAGUCACACAUAUUUGGAAGCCCCACAAUUGUUUCAACUGAUGCAGAAGUGAGUAAAUUUAUUCUUCAAAGUGAUGCAAAGGCUUUUGUGCCAUCUUACCCCAAAUCUCUCACAGAGUUGAUGGGGAAGUCUUCUAUUUUGGUCAUCAAUGGGAGCUUACAAAAGAGAAUCCAUGGACUCAUAGGGGCCUUCUUCAAGUCCCCACAUCUCAAGGCUCAAAUCACUAGGGACAUGCAUAAGUAUGUUCAAGAAUCAAUGGCAAAUUGGAAAGAUGACCAUCCCAUAUAUAUGCAAGAUGAAACUAAAAAUAUUGCCUUUCAAGUGCUAGUUAAGGCAUUGAUUAGUUUGGAUCCCGGUGAAGAAAUGGAGUUUCUUAAGAAACAGUUCCAAGAAUUUAUCUCUGGCCUCAUGUCUUUACCCAUAAACAUACCCGGGACCAAACUCUACAGAUCACUACAGGCAAAGAAGAAAAUGGUUAAGUUAGUACAAAAUGUAAUCCUAGCCAGAAAACAUAGUGGCUUCUCCAAUGUUCCAAAAGAUGUGGUAGAUGUUUUACUCAAUGAUUCAAGUGAGCAAUUAACAGAGGAUUUAAUAGCAGAUAAUAUGAUUGACAUGAUGAUACCCGGAGAGGAUUCAGUGCCAGUUCUUAUGACUCUUGCAAUAAAAUACCUCUCAGAUUGCCCCACUGCUCUACAACAAUUAACGGAGGAAAACUUGAAGCUGAAAGAACUCAAAGCUCAGCUUGGACAACCUUUGUAUUGGAGUGAUUACUUAUCAUUGUCAUUUACACAAAGUGUAAUUACAGAAACUCUAAGGAUGGGAAACAUUAUAAUUGGAGUGAUGCGUAAAGCCAUGAAGGACAUAGAGAUAAAAGGGUAUUUGAUACCAAAGGGAUGGUGUGUUUUUGCAUAUUUUAGAUCGGUUCAUCUUGAUGCGAAUCACUAUGACUGGCCCUACAAGUUCAAUCCAUGGAGGUGGCAAGACAAAGACAUGAGCAGUAGUAACUUCACUCCUUUUGGAGGUGGACAAAGGCUAUGUCCCGGGCUCGAUUUAGCCAGGCUGGAAGCUUCUAUCUUCCUACACCAUUUUGUUACUCAAUUCAGUUGGAGAGCUGAGGAAGACACAAUUGUUAACUUCCCCACUGUAAGAAUGAAGAGGAGGAUGCCAAUUUGGGUCAAAAGGAGAGGGGCAAAGGAGAAUUUAGUGAUGCUAUGAUUACAAUUAAAGUUAUAAUUUUGUCAUAACUUAUCCACGACUCAACACGUGAAUAAAUUGUGGAAAAAAAUUAUAGCUUUAACUGCAGUGUAAGCAUUUUUAGGAAAAUCUGAAGUAACUUUCAUAGAAUAAUACAAACAAGCAACGCACACAUGAAAAAGACAAAGCAAUUAAAAGGAAAAGGACUGGGCAGUAGUGCACACGUGUGGGGGCAUCACAAUCAGCUGACACAUUUGUCCUCUUCCAUAAUCAUGAUUGCAUAUAUCGACGAAAGUAGUACAAAGUUUUGUAGGACCCAAUCGAUCACUGAUUCUUUUCUUUAAUUAAUUAACCUGUUGUCUUUUUCAAUUUUAGCAAGAGGGAGAUACUUCACCAUGCAAUUUCUGCUGUUACCUUGAACUUGAAUAUGUAUAAAUUGAAAUAAAACUUACCAAGGGACCAACUUUUGGCUUUUGUUUUUC